AUGAAAGCCCAUAACUGGCGGUGGUGGCAAACCAGCUUGUUGACCUGGCCAGACUGCGCGAUCAUGUUCGGAUUCAUGUCUGCUCGCAUUAAGCAGAUCGAUUUUAUUCUGAUCUACCAUUGCAAGGAGGCGUAUUUGCCGGAUCUGUGGUGGCUGAUUGACGAAUUAGAUAUCUUGACACCAGGGCACUUUAUGUUUAUCGCUGAUAAUACGAUCAAUCCUGGUAAUCCGGAGUAUUUUGACUGGGUGCAGGCGAGUCCGGAACCGAAGGGGGAAAUUGUGAAGAUUUCCACGUCUGCGGUUGGACCUUGA